AUGAUAGUGAGGGCACGCCUAGUGCACUGUGCAGAGGAAUGUAUUGAGACGUGGAUUAAGUGUAAAGGAGGAAGCGCCAGUUGUACACUAUGCAUAUAUGUGUCCUAUUAUUUGCAGCACAAACUGUGGGAUGAUAUAGCAAAGGAGUUAGAAGCAUUUAUAGAGCACGUAACAGAAAAGGAUACGGAGGGUUGGGAUGAGAACUGUGAGAAUGCGUAUUAUAACCACAAGACGAAUCCUAAUGGUAACCCGCGAAGGGUAGAAUACGCGGGAGACAGAAUUAUGUGCAGACUAAUGGUAGGAGCAUUAUAUUUUAUGAAUGAGAACAGUUGGCCUAUGUGGGGAGGGACUAUGCUGGUCAGUAAUGAUGAUGAGAUGAAGGAAUAUGUGAGAUGUGCCAUUGUCAAUAUGUAUAUGGAAAUACUCAAGGAAUCAUCAUGUGGUGGAGGAUGGGGUUUAUGGUAUGCAUGGUACACCAUGAAAAAGAUGGAAGAAGGGCUACAGGGUGGUUUAAUAACCACAGGUAAAUGUGGGAAUGCAGUGUUUAAAAACAUACAAACAGAGGAAUUCGACAUGGCACAAAAGAUUAAGGCAUGGUUAGAGAGCACAAGGCGCUUGACUGACAAGAUUAGAGGGAAAGGAAUAGAAAGCACAUGCAAGAAAAGCUUAGUAGAACUUGGGGGGGUAACACCGAGUAAACAUGCCAAGGAUGAAAAGAUAAAACUGCAGCCACAGGAGAAAAAAGUUAUACAGGAAUUAGGCGAAGAGCUGAAGGUGAAAGUUGAGGAUGUAAGGACAGCCGCAGUGCGAUGCGCGCGGGAGAAAGGAGCAUGCAUAGACCCUAGCGAACACGACGCCAGUAGCAAUCCUGAGAAUGCCGACAGUAAGGCCACAGUACAGAACUCUGUCGAAAGCAGUACACCAGCGCCAUCGGGCAAAGAGGGCGGCCCAGAAUCGUCCCAACCGGCCACAAAAGUACAGGCCAAACCGACAGGAACUGAAGCAGGGGAAAACAAAGACACAACGGAUCAAAACCAAACAGCACAAGCACCAGCAGCGGCAGCACCCAAGGCAGAACCAACGCAAGAAGCAGCACACCAGCCAGCCCCAGGGCUAGGGCACACGGGUGCAUCUGGUUCCAAUGGUUCACCCGGUGACACAGGUCCCUCUGGUGCAGCUGGUCCUACUGGUCAAGGUUCUACUGGUACUGGCUCCGCGGGGAAUACGAAUCCAGGUUCCACUGGUGACCAACCCCCUGGUUCCUCCGGACCUGGGUCCACGGGCACUGCGAAUUCAGCUUCCUCAUCUAAGACCUUCACACGUCUUGCUUGCCCAGCCUCUGGUACUUAUGACGGUAUAUCCUCAUGCGAUCUACGAUUGUCCCUGAAUGCCUUCGACGGAGGACAGGCUCUGUCUGGGUCAUAUGGACUAUGGACACCGAGCGAUGUAUUAGAUGGGCGACCGGCACAACCGGGUCAUUCAGGCGGUCCAUCUGAGGAUGGUGGCGGUCCACAUGGACCCGACCUAACCGGUGUUGUCCUUACCGCCACUACUCCCAUCCUGUUUUUUCUCACUUACGUCACCGUCGCCCUUCUUGGUUAUUCCCUUUGGAAGCGCACGAUCAUCGAGCUACAUCUAGAACUGCUCCACGAAUGUGCAGCGACCGAAUGGGAAAACGUCAAAGACGACUAUUUGCAGAUUGUCGUGGAGGAGUUUGCGCAGGAUUUGAUGCGGGAUGCAAACGGGCAUAGUAGUUCCUUGGAUGCUCCUAUCACAAACCAGGGUUUAUCAGGGCACAAUGCUUCCGCCACCGUGGAUCCAUCCACUGACGCCGACGGCAAAGAUCCAUGUCCACCUAACGAAGAUGACCCCGAUCCAUGGAGUUGUAUGCAAACCAUGCAGUUCGCAACGGGCCCUUGUCCACCACAUGACCCCGAUCCAUGGAGUUGUAUGCAAACCAUACAGUUACCAACGCACCCUUGUCCACCACAUGACCCCGAUCCAUGGAGUUGUAUGGAAUCCAUACAGUUAGAUGCAGAACAGAAUGCUCAUUCCGACCCCGACCACGUGACGUCGUACUGCAUCCAUUGGAUUAACUGGAUUGACCGCCACAAAGAUAUUCUGCGGGACUGCACGACACAGCCGUGGUUUUUGCAAUUGAAAGCGCAUUGGCAACAAUACAUGCGUCAACAUGCGACAGACGACGUAUGCGGGUACCGUGAACUCGGUGAGGCACCCACCCCGCCGAUGCAGAAAUUGGACCUGUGGAAACAAUGGGUUGCACAGCAACAUCGGCAAAUGAGUACAUACAGUGAGCAGGAGUGGUUUCAACAUUUGUUGAAUAAUGUAGAGGAGGAGACAGUACCGCAACACGGCCAAGUACCUGCAGUGGAAACAGACUUAAACAUGCAAAUAGUAACAGCAGCAGCAGACAUGCUACGAGUGAGAGAUUUACCACGGACGCAACUGCAUCGGUCACCUCAUAUGAAAACACCGUUAACUGCCAAAUUGUGGAUGCUGCUGCUGGCGUCGAUAAUCGAAGAAUGUGAAAUCGAACGCAGUUUGCAGGAGACGGAGUUAUAUGUAGAUGAAGUACUGGACAAGCUCUGA